GCUGCCACCGCCCACUCGGGGCUGGUCAGCGGCAGGCGGCUGGGGCUAGGAGAAGGGCCCGGCUGGGCGAGCGCACGGCCAUGGCCCCGUGGCUGCAGCUCUGUUCUGUCUUCUUCACUGUCAAUGCCUGCCUCAAUGGCUCGCAACUGGCUGUGGCCGCGGGAGGCUCCGGCCGCUCGAGGGGCGCCGACACCUGUGGCUGGAGGGGAGUGGGGCCAGCCAGCAGGAACAGCGGACUGCACAACAUUACCUUCAGAUAUGACAACUGUACCACCUACUUGAAUCUGUUGGGGAAGCACGUGAUUGCUGAUGCCCAGAACAUCACUAUCAGCCAGUAUGCUUGCCACGACCAAGUGGCAGUCACCAUUCUUUGGUCUCCAGGGUCCCUUGGCAUUGAAUUCCUAAAAGGAUUUCGGGUAAUACUGGAGGAGCUGAAGUCGGAGGGAAGACAGUGCCAACAACUGAUUCUAAAGGACCCAAAGCAGCUCAACAGUAGCUUCAAAAGAACUGGAAUGGAAUCUCAACCUUUCCUGAAUAUGAAAUUUGAAACGGAUUACUUUGUAAAGAUUGUCCCUUUCCCUUCCAUUAAAAACGAAAGCAAUUACCACCCUUUCUUCUUCAGAACUCGGGCCUGUGACCUAUUGUUACAACCGGACAACCUUGCCUGUAAACCCUUCUGGAAGCCUCGGAACCUGAACAUCACCCAGCAUGGUUCAGACAUGCAGGUGUCCUUCGACCAUGCACCACACAACUUUGGCUUCCGUUUUUUCUAUCUUCAUUACAAGCUCAAGCAUGAAGUACCCUUCAAGCGAAAGACCUGUAAGCAGGAACAAAAUACAGAGACAACCAGCUGCCUCCUUCAAAAUGUUUCUCCAGGGGAUUAUAUAAUUGAGCUGGUAGAUGAUACCAAUACAACAAGAAAAGUGAUGCAUUAUGCCUUAAAGCCAGUGCAUUCUCCCUGGGCUGGGCCUAUCAGAGCUGUGGCCAUCACAGUGCCACUGGUUGUCAUAUCUGCGUUUGCAACGCUCUUCACUGUGAUGUGCCGCAAGAAGCAACAAGAAAAUAUAUAUUCACAUUUAGAUGAAGAGAGCUCUGAGUCCUCCACAUAUACUGCAGCACUCCCCAGGGAGAGGCUCAGGCCGCGGCCGAAGGUCUUCCUGUGCUAUUCCAGUAAAGAUGGCCAGAAUCACAUGAACGUUGUCCAGUGUUUUGCCUACUUCCUCCAGGACUUCUGUGGUUGUGAGGUGCGGAAUCUAAAGACUAUUCUUUUACUGCGGGCAGGACACAUGGUGACACUAGACCUAUGGGAAGAUUUUAGUCUCUGUAGAGAAGGACAGAGAGAAUGGGUCAUACAGAAGAUCCAUGAGUCCCAGUUCAUCAUCGUGGUGUGUUCCAAAGGAAUGAAGUACUUUGUGGAAAAGAAGAACUACAAACACAAAGGAGGUGGCCGAGGCUCAGGCAAAGGGGAGCUCUUCCUGGUGGCAGUGGCGGCUAUUGCUGAAAAGCUCCGCCAGGCAAAGCAGAGUUCAUCUGCUGCCCUCAGUAAGUUCAUCGCUGUCUACUUUGAUUAUUCCUGUGAAGGUGAUGUCCCCUGCAUCCUGGACCUGAGUACUAAAUACAAACUCAUGGACAACCUUCCCCAGCUCUGCUCCCACCUGCACUCCGGAGACCAUAGCCUCCAGGAAUCAGGACAGCACCUGGGACACAGCAGCAGAAGGAACUACUUUCGGAGCAAGUCUGGACGUUCCCUGUAUGUCGCCAUUUGCAACAUGCACCAGUUUAUUGACGAGGAGCCCGACUGGUUCGAGAAGCAGUUCCUACCCUUCCAUGCUCCCCUCCUGCGUUACCGGGAGCCUGUCCUGGAGAAGUUUGACUCAGGCUUGGUUUUAAAUGACGUCAUCUGCAAACCAGGACCAGAAAGUGAUUUCUGCCUAAAGGCUGAUGCUGCCGUUCUUGGGGCCACUGGGCCUGCCGACUUGCACCCGCACCCCGAGAGUCAGCACGUGUGCCUGGACCAAGACCCCGAGGCCCCAUCCCAGGAGAGUGGCUCCACACUGCAGCCCUUGCUGCAUGCUGUGAAAGCAGGCAGCCCCUCAGACAUGCCACGGGACUCUGGCAUCUACGAUUCAUCUGUGCCCUCGUCUGAGCUGUCUCUGCCUCUGAUGGAAGGACUCUCAACAGACCAGACAGAAACUUCUUCCCUGACGGAGAGCUUGUCCUCUUCCUCCGGGCUGGGUAAGGUGCUAUUGAUUCAGGUGAGGAGGAUCCUCCUACCCUCCCUUCUAAGCUCCUUGCCUCUGGAGUGUGCAAAACAGAACUUGGUUGCUGCAGCUACACUGAUGAACUCCACGCGGUUGCCCCUUUGUAACAAAACAGAAGAGUCUAAGCAUUGCCACUUUAGCUGCCACCACUCUCUGGUACCAUAGCUCAUCUCUGGUCACAUGGCCUUCUUGCAGCUGAGGGCUCAUAAAAGGAUAUUUGGAGUGAAAUUCUGGCCAGUACUUGCUCCUGCUGCCCCAGCCCUCUACCAAAUAUGUUGGCAAAGUCUCCAAUUUUCCAAGACCAUGUGGAACUCUGAAAGGCAUGUCCAUGGGGUCUGACAAGACCUUGCUAUAUUAGGUCAGUUUUUGGAUCAGAGCCUAUUCUGAAAGGUAGAGAGGAAACAGUUAAAAAGAAACAGGAUAAUACUCACAAUGACCAUUCAGACUUCACUGAGCGCCAUAAACAAACUUUGCUCUUCACUGUUAAUUACUUUGAUUUGAAAUGAUCUGUGGAAAAAGCACUUGUAAUAUCAUUAUUGCCACAGAAAUCAAGUGCCAUUCUCUCUGGAAUCUGUUGUAUUGCAAAUGAUGUCCUAUCCAUUUUUGAUGUGGAACUUACGAUGUCAGGGGUAUUACGUUAAAUAAGUUUUGAGUCAAUGUCAAAGAAGUGACUGAAUAUCCAGUCACCUUUUAAAAAGUCUUUAUGUAUUGCUGGGUGACAUGGCUGGUUGAUGGGGGGGCCAUAAAGCAGGCUGACUUUAAAGCUGAGUGACAUGGCUGGUUGAUGAGGGGGCCAUAAAGCAGAGUCGUCUUAUAAUCUAAGUAGGCAUCAUGUGGAGGCCAGAGCUGCCUAUUAAGUUUCCCUGGGUUACACUUACUGAGCUGUAGCUCAGAUGAUGGUGUCUGGACAUUUAUUUUAAGAGACUGUUACCCAACUGGGCUGUAUUUUUGAAAGUUAUAGUUCAUGCUUCAUUUUGGCCUUUUGGUCUAAACUUGAAUCAUAAAUAUUAGGGAUCAGAAUUUGCAAAAACACAACAGUGUGUGGAGCUGAUCUCCUCAACUGGUUUUGAUUGAUGACAAGUUUCCUUUUAAGAAAGUAGAAAUGAAGGGACUGUCACAGAAGUUAUUGUUACAUUUUUAUGAAUGACUCCUCUACACAAUCUCUGUUCCCAAAGGGAAAAUGUUUGUUCAUAUCCUGUUUGUUGAUUUGCAUGUGUGUGAUGAUGUGUUAGUCUCCUCUCUGGAAACCCUUGCCCUCCCCAUGCCCUGGCACAGGUAUGAGCAUCUCUCUACACCUUUUUCACCGGAGGCCAUUGGAUUUUGGCAGUCCAUUUUCUCAUCAUUUAGUCUAGGGAUUGUGGCUUUCCUUCAUCAGAUAGGACCAACAUUGGUAAGUGGGAUGGGGCAGAACUUUAUCUUUCAAGCAUGUGCUUGUCAGGUAGGGAAGGGAAGGCUUGCAGUUCUGCUGGAAAGAGGUUUGUGUGUAUUUUGGACUCAAAUGUACUAUUCUCUGCUCUGGAAAGGCAGCUGGCAGCUUCUUGGGAUAAUGUGCUCAUCUGUUCUCUGGCAUCAAGUUUCCUGCAGCUGCUCUGAGGGAGAGACAGUGAGCUGCAAGACUGUCUCCCCAUGAAACUGGCUUCUUGGUAGAGAUGUUCUGUGUGGAAUCUAAGCCAAGCACAGAGCUCCUGCCCAAGUAAAAUUGCCCUGCUGUUUUCAUUGUCCACAUACAUUCUGUGAAGGAGAUCAGUGGGUCCAAACUUGCUAACAUGAAAAUUCACUUGGAACGUUACCAGAGAGAUUUCUUAUUUAGACUAAGAGAUGUUUCAUGCUCCCAAAGGAACCUAGGAGCUGCUUUUACAAUAGACAUUCAGCUUCACAUACGAAAUAGGCAUCUCUGAGAAAGUGGCCCUAGGGACAGUUUGGAGCAUUCAGAGGAGUAUUAAUUGAGGUCCAAGGGCGGGGGCAGAGAGUUCAAUACAUGAACUCACUUGUUACAAAAAUGGAACGGACAGAAAGGAUGCUAGUCCAAAAAUCAGGUGAUGUUUUUUAGUUUCCUGAACUAUUGUUUCUGAUUCACAGAUUCUAAAAUGCCAAGUAAUAAAACUACAGUACGAUUGCCUAAUUCAGAAUAAGUUGAGAAGUCUGUCUUCCUAAUUUUGUUUCAUUAGUUUCACUCUUUUGUUUUCUCCCAUCCCCACAUCAUGCUAGGAAUGGGAAUAGUUGUGUUGUAGAUUAAGGCAAAACAUCUGUUCUAAGUAGAGUUGCAGUUUUUGACUAACUACCUGUCUGACAGUGGAAAUGAUAAAAUGGGAUUAAAAAAAAAUCUGCCAACUUGCUAAUUUUAGAUAUCGGGGAAACAAGAAUUAGAUUAUAGUGAUGCGCUCAGUGAAAGGUCUUGAUCUGAGAGUAAGAGGCUUUUAUGGGUAAGUUAUUGCCCUCUGCAAGGGAGACCAGUGUUCACCCCAGGACUCUAGAAAACCAAGAAUACCAAAGGUAGAAAGCUAGUCAUUCUCCUUAAUUCACCGAUGUCCCACAGAAAGAAUUUAGUAUAUGAUGCAGUCAGCUUUGCCAAGAGAGUGAUCAGGGAGGUUAAAACCCAGGUAAUUGUGUGUUCUUCUCUGAGAAGUUGGCUCCAAGUAAUUGGGACUAUAUUCAUGGACCAGGCCUAGCUACACUGGGUGCAGAACUCCUCCAGAGGAUCAAUACUUGGGCCUUUGAAACACAAGGAUCUUGAAAGAAUCAGAAGUCAUUCCAGUCCAGUCCUGGGUACUGAGUUAGGGACUCAGCCAGGUAACAGUAUUUUGAGACAAAAAUGAGAUUGGGUCAUAAAGUCAUGAGAUAAAGCUUUUGGUUGAUUCGUUAUUAACUAAAAACAGUCCCAGAUCAGAGGUUUAAAAAAAAUUGUCCUUACCAAUGAUGACAUCAAUCAUUAGAAUCAAUGUGUAGUAGGUUACGGAGAUUUAAGUUCCUGCAUGUAUGUUUGUUAAAGUUCUCUCUUGCUAUUCUAUAAACACAAGAUACUUUGGUUUUGUUUUUUACCAACAUUCAGUCUCAGGUUACCUGACGUACAUGCAAACAGGAAGGCUAGUCCUCCAAAACUGUAGAUUAACAUGAUUUUAAGAGUUUUUUUUUUUUUCAGAGGUGACAUUUUUUUCCUUUAUAAGAAACUAAAGUGGCAGGGAUGCUAUUUUAUCCCUGGAGAAGAAAUGGCAUACCCUCUUUCUCAAAGAAAGAACAUUCUGUAGUCCCUGGCUACCUCAAAACUAAUUUGGCUCUCUUAAGAAGAGACAUUACUCUCUUUAUUGGAGAGAGAUGGGCAGUGCCAAUGUGAAGGUUACUAGUCUUUUCUGUUGUUGAAGACAUCUAUUCUUAGCAGAUCCUGUACCUUCAGGGGCACCAGUGUAGUCAGGUAUAAGCAAAUCAGCUGUGUGAUAACAAAUGGCAACAACACACCUUCUCUUUGUCAGAGUGACAAUAAGGCAUGGUGGGGACUGUGGCAAAUUGAAGAACUUCUGUCCUACCUACAGGGAGAGGCUGCUCCAGUUGAUUGUGGACAUGAAGUGUUUCCCAAUCUUCCCAUUUCUCAAGAGAAGCUGAAAAUUUCUUUCUUUUAAUAUUGGCAACUAAAAUUUUAAAAUAUUUAAAUUCAAGACCAACAGAACAUACAGAUGGACCUAAUUUGGCUCCCUGGCUGCCAGUUUGUGAUUUCUGCUUUAUAAGAUUUGAAAUGAACAUCACCCAUGGUAGUUACAAAUAAACCAUGCCACUAAUGCUAAAUCCAGCCAGUAGCUGGAUUAUUUCUUUCCCCUAACUCUCCUUCAAAGAAAUUUGAGGUGAUUCUGAAUGUAUUUUUGUAAGGUUUUAAUGCUGCUUUACAUUUAAUUUCAAGUUCAGAUUUAUUGUCUUCCAAUUUAAGAAACAGAAUGUUUUGAACAAUUUCACUUAAACUCCACAACCCCUAGGGCUCAUGUGUAAUCCUUUUUUAGACGGUGUGCAAAUCUGAACUUAGACCAAGACCUAAUUAGAAAAACAGGCAUAUGUGGGUAAUAAGGCAAAGAAUCUCCUAGUGUCCACUACAGCCAGGUAUGCAUUACCUUCUGUUUUAAAUGAUCUGUGUAUUGACUCUUGGCUGUGUGAAACUGUGGACGGAGAAAAGCUUUUCCUGAUGUUGAGAUACAGGGGAGACCCUGUGGGUGUUGGGUCGCCCUUGCUGUUUCCCCUCCUUCCCAGGCACAGGGUGAAAGUAAACAAAAGAAAAUCUGUAAGCCAAUAGUUUUGAUUCCCAUUUCAGGCCUCAAGGGCUAGAAGAAAGUUUAGAUUAUCUCACAUGUUCCCUCCCUGGUGUCAAGACAGGGGCUGCACUGAAUUAUUCCAGACAUAUGGCUGCAGAUGAGAUUGUGGAUUUUUAGUAAAAGAGAUUCUGUAACCUACCCUGCUGAUCAGAUAGUUUUUUGUAUGUUCUUCCUUAUAGAAAUGCAAACCAGCUUUCUUUUGUUGAGGGUGUAGUGGAGAAAGAACAGCUGGUCACCUUCCGUGUAUCUGAAAACCACAGUGAAGUCAUCCCCCUGGUGUUUUUAUUUCAGUGGUAAAUAAUCCCACCCAGUUAAACCAUUCUCCACAGCUCCUGUUUUCCAAAGGCUUAAUAAUUUUCACUGCUCUUUAGUUCUCAGUUUCACACUUGUUUUAGUUGCUCAAACAGAACAUUGGUGACUUCUUCAUAUUGGUGCCUUGUGAUGGCCAAGCUCAGGGUGGGAUUAUAGGAAAAUACAUAUGUGCCCAGUGCCUCUUAGCAUGUAGAAAUAGAAUGGCACUUUUAAAAAAUGGUGUGUUGCUUACAUUCAUUCUAAGAAUCAGUAGGCUACCACUCCCCUCUCCUCCUGCCCUUGGUAAUGGUCCUAUUUUGUGGUUUAUUUUCCUUCCUAAGGGCAAACAUUUGGUGCUUACUUCUGAUGUGUUGAUUGUCGUUCCUGAAUUUCAGGAUACUCUUUUAGACCAACUCUUACCUUCUGAGUGGCAGCUACCCUCCCCUCCCAAUUUGUGAUUCUAUUUUUGCAUAUCUUUACCUUUAUUUGGUGACUCAUAAUAUCACUACAUGGUACAGACUUCAGUUUAACCACUGGUGAGAUGAUGUAGCAGUUUAGUUGCUAAGUGCCACCUUCCCGUUGUCAUCUGGGGACUAAUUUGCAGACACCUUUGAAUCCUCCAAUGAGGACCUCUGGGGAAUUUUGGCCAAUUGUCUUCUCUCCUGCUCUUUGGUUCCUCUCCAGAAUUCCAUGGGAACCACAGACACCUCAAGGACUUCUUCUGCAUUCCAGGGGGCUAGCGCCAUGGCUCUCCGUUGACCAACCACUGUGUUUUGCACAAUCAGAAGACUGACAAAAACAAACUAUUCCUGUUGUACAUCUCACAUUUAUAUUAUAUAAAAUUUCAGUCAAGAAGAUUCAAAGGAGCAGUUUUCUAUUUGUAUAUGAUGUGGACAUAAGUGAAUGCUGCAACUUGUAGACAAAAAAAUUGCCAUUGGAUGACACUAACAUGCUCAUCUGUUAUUUAAAAAGUUUUAUUUCUCUCAUGAUGCUUUUUUGCAUGGUGAAUCUGGACAGCAGCAAAAGCUUCUGUAAUGAACUGUGUUCAUUUAGAGUAGGUAACUAUGAUUUUCACUGUUAGUUAAAUUUUUUUUUUUCCACUGCAAAAACUCCCUUUUCCUAUGUUCUAGGAGGAAAGCCUGUGGAACACCAGUGGUCAUUAAUGUCAUUGUUUUUAUUUCAUCUUUAAGUUUAUCUUUGGUGGAAUAAUGAGCACUGACAGACUGUAGCAGUGUGCUGUAAUUUUACAUUGAAAAUGUUAGUGAAAUGUUUGAUUUGUAUAUAACUCUGUAAAUAAGUGAUAGUAGACCACAGCUGACAUUUGCAAAAUGGUUUUGUACCUUAGAAUUUAUGCAUCAAAUAAAAUGUUUUUGUUUUAA